AUGGAGGUUCUGUCUGUCCUGCUCAGUUUCCCCGUUCUCCCCUUCAUCCUCCUCCCCUUCUGCCCAGCGGCCUUCCUGUUCGCGGAUUUCUUCAUCCGCCCGGUGCUGUGCGUGGUGUGGCACCGCUGCGAGGACCAGUUGGCGUGGGGCUCCGAUUCCGACGAGCCGCCGGCGGGGAGAGAAGCGGCGGCAAUCGACUGCGUAAAAUGGCUCUUCGGGAGGAAGCAGAACACCUUACGGUACCGGUGCAGCGCCGCCAGUGAGCAGGCGGCGCAGUGCGUGAUCUGCCUCUGCGACGUUGAAGACGGCGACGAGAUCAGGGAGCUGAAGUGCGAUCACGUCUUCCACCGGUGCUGCUUGGACCGGUGGGUGGCCUUCGGCCGGGUCACCUGCCCCCUCUGCAGGGAGGCGCUGUCCUCGAAGGCGGAGACGGUGGAGCUUCCCUGCCAGGCGGCGGAGCAGACGACGGAGCUCUUCGGCACGCCGGCCCUCGAGUUCCCGCGCGGGUGGUUGAUGGGUUGA